CGCGUCUCGCCUCCUCUCCAUUCUUCUUUCUUCUACCUUAAUUCCAUCCUCUUUCCCGUUCCCAUCCCAAUCUUCCCCCUCUUUUUUUCUUUCUUUCGUACUCUGCCGACGUCUAUCGACCCUAUCAAGUAAGUUUGCUUUCCGAUCGGUUGGUGCGCUUGUAGCUCUUCUUGGAGAAUGGAUGCAUCUAGCGCUGUUCUUGAUUGUUUUUGGAAAGAAAGGAGCUCUCUUUGUCAUUGUUGCAGAUAGCUGGAUGGGGAAACAGUGGACAAGAUCCAUCUCAGCUGCAAAUAGAGAGAGGGAGAGUGAUGGGCGGUGCUCACGGCUCACGUUCGGGAAUCCGUCAUCCCCACUGUUUGCUGCCACUCCCGCAAGCUAUCCACCCUCGUUCUUGAUCUUCCACUCCGAUCCUCAUCUACUAUCUGUCUACUUUGCUUGGGUGAUUCUUUUAGUUGUUGAUUGUUUAUUGCCCCCAUGGAAGAACUUUCGCUGUGCCCUCACUUGCAUCUUGACUCUCUCUUCACUCUUCUCCCUGUCCUCUGCUGGUUCUGCUGGAAUGGCUGGUCCGGUUGCCCGUGACUUCCCCAGGGUCCCCCCGGUCUGGCGUUUGGCGCUAAACCCGAUUUGACACUCAAAUCAGGUGACCGGCCCCGUGUCUGGCGCAGAAACCGGAACUCGGACCCAAUCCAAUCCAGUCCCGUGCAUUCCUGCUCCUGCUCUUCCCUCUCACUGAACUCAACUCACUCUCCGUCCCAAUUCACUCCCCCAUCUCUCAUUGCCAUUCCCCAUUGCCGAUUCCCCCGUUUUCCUUUCCAUCCAACCAAGCAGCUCGAUUUCCCACCCAC